AUGUGGGAUACGCUUCGCUCUCUCCUGCUAGCUUGCAAACAUCCACUAACCAAACCUUUAAUGUUGCAAGCAAGCACGAGUACAACUAUUGAUGGGGAUGGUCUCCCUGAGUGCCCUGCUUGCCUCCCAUCACGACCUCAAACUGGAUGUCUGUUGUUGAAAAGACUAGAUAUUGUGAAGAUUUUAGUACAGGAGAGGAGGGGUGAGUUUGUUGCGUGGAUUGCUGCUGUGGCACACCCAAGCACUCCCAAUCCGGCUGCCAUCACUCCAGCCCUGGCACCAUCUACAGCCCUGAAUAGUAGCACAGCGCCAGCCGAGCACUACCACCCCACCCAGCCAUCUGUGUCUACCCGCGGGCUCAAUGAGAUCGAUGUCCUUGCUGUACACAAUGGGAAUCAGCUGGCUCGCUCAUUAUUCGAGGGUGGCAACAGCAGCCACAGAAGAGGACAUCGACGAUUCUGGCGCGAGUGCGCCCAACGGUCAAGAUGA